UAUCAUCGAAGUGCGAAGGAGUAAACCUGCGAUUCGACAUUAACUCAGAUCAACAUUGUAUUUCGUAUCCGUUUCAGCUCCCAGCAAUUUCUCUCAAAUUUCCACGAACUAAUUCCUUCGGGAAGUCAAAUACCGUACUCAAGAACUAAUCAAAGCAUUCGAUCAAAUUGACGAUGGAUCAAACUGAUGUGCAAUUCAGCGAAUCAACGCCAUCCUAUUGGCCUCCAGAUGUCCAUAUUGAACAGCAGCAAAUGAAUGAACAUCAUCAGCCAGAUGGACAAUAUUCUCAAAUGGUAGAACUGAAAGCGGACAUCAGUUUACUGCAACAACAAAGUCGAAUGCAUCCCGCAGAAUCUCAGAGUAUUUCAGCUGACCAAGUACAGUCACAAGAGGAACAGCAACAAUUUCAAAAUCGAAACGAUCGCCCAACAUCCACCGAUAUUGAUCAGCCGAAACGAGACCAAAAGGAAAAGUGUUCGAGCGGCGAGAUUCAACCGGGAUCUCCUCUGGCAUCACUGCUAUCAUCUGCAUACGAGGCAGCUGAUGCGGCAUUACGUGAAAUUGAUAAUGAUUUGGUGAGCGAAAAUUUUGGAAUUAUGACAUCGCCUGACUCCCCAUUUGGCGGUGAGUGCAGAGAUAAAUUAAAUGGGCCUGGUCAUGGAGUUGAACGUUCAUGGGCAACUGAAGGACGUGAUGAAGAGCCAGCAUUGCCUGAGAAGAGAGCUGAACGAACAACUGAAAAUGAUCUCGUUGAGCGUGACGAAGUGCAACAGAUUAAUCAUUCACUUGAAGCUGUGCUAGGAACAGAUCAAGAGCUGGUGUUCGAAAAACAGCAUAUUCCAGGACCAUCUGAAGAGCAAUUUGAAGCGAAAAAUAAAAUGAUCGGCCGAAAAUUCCCAAUUCCAACGCAAAAUAUACUCGAGGAAAUCGUCUAUUUCCAAGAAUCCGUUCCUGAAGCCGAUACCCAUUCGGAUCACCGACAAGCUUCAACAUCUGAAGAUGUCACCGAACUUGAAGAACUGUCAUUUCGUCCCGUGGAAAAGUUAGAUGAAACAAGAAUACAACAGAAAUGCGUACAAAAGAAUCCUGUGAGUAUAUCGGAACCCAUUUUUGGAGCCAGUGCCUCCGAAAAUUACCAGCAAAUUAACGGGAACGAGAAAUCAAAUAGUGACAAGAAACUUGAAAACUCCGGAGCCGGUCUAGUCCAAGAAGAGAUUAAAAAUGGUGAAAUUACUGAAGCAAAAGAAACUGAUUUCGAAACCAAGGUGGAUGGAACAUCGUCGGUGAUCAAUGAAAACCGUUUGGCUGAAGUCGAGCAAAUCGUCAAAAUGCAAAAAACUCAACAAGCUAAAGCUGAUAUUGAGAGCAAUAUUGCAACUCUCCACAGUGAAGCUGUUGCCAGUUGUCUAUGUGAAUCAGCUGAAAACCACAAAGUGUGUGAAAAAAUUCCCAGCAGCGAUGAAUUGCAAGAUUCGGCCGUAACUGACGAGAAAUCCCCCCCGAAUAAGCCUGCAACAAAUGGGAAGGCAAUGGAAAUUUCAUCCAAUCCAAAAUAUACGAAUGGAUCAACAGGACUGAAUUCUGAUGAAAAGGCGACUCAGCAAGUUAGCAGCGUUAAACGGUCAAGAAUCUCAGCUUCCAAUAAAGUCACGAAUGGAAUGACUGCAAAAAAGGGUCCUAGCAAGGUUGAUGGAGCCAUGAAAAAGUUACAAGCUCCGGCUGUUCCACCAAAACCCAAAACAACGUUGAAAAAUCCAGGAAUGGAAGAUAAGCUGAUUUCAUUAAGUAAACGUACUACCACCAACAGCAAGAUUGUUAAUGUGGGACCCAAAAAAAGCGAGCCAGAGAAGAGAUUACCCCCUCAAAAAUCGUCCAUUUCCACAGCUACGCCCAAAAAGACCAGUAGCGGAGCAGAACCAUCGUUGAGAGCCCCGCCAGCUAGUCGCGGUAAUCCAGUCAGUACAGAUAGUUCUCCAACCAAGCAAAAACCAGAAGCAUCAUCUAAUCGACCGAGUAAUAAACCAUCCGCACCAAGCAAAUCUGUAAAGACCAUCAGCGCUACAGCGGGUAAGUCAGAAUUGCAAGUGGAGAACUACAAGCCCAAACCUUCGAAGGCAACCGCAAGAGAUAAUCCAAGUGAAUCGCAAGCCAGCUUCUCGCAAAAAUCAUUUGAACUCACAAACAAAACUGUUGUCGAGAAGCAUGAAGACAUUGCGUUCGCUACGGAUUCCAAGCUUGAAUCUGAUGAAACGACCGAACCAGUGGUUCGCCACCAGGUACAAGAGGUUGUCCGUGCUCGAGACCCAAUCGUCUGGAUAGAAACUUUGGUACCCAUAUUGGAAACUAUAUUUACUUACGCUGAUCACGGCAAAUUGGUAAACGGUUCUGGAGAAUUAUUAACUGUUGAUGAGGAAAGUGUACGGAACGAAAUGAACCAAGAAUGUAUGACUGAAAAAACUGAAAAUUUCAAGAGAGAUGAAGAAUCAAAUGGUCGAAUGUCGUCCGAUCAAACGCUCAUUGAGGCUACUGAAUGUAUUCAUCCGUCAGAAAUGAUACCAACAUCCUCUACGCCUUCAGAAAUUAUUGAACAGCCUGAACUGAUCAUUCCGCCAACUUCAGUCUCUGAUGCACCUGAAAAUGUGGUUCAUAACUCUGUCAACGACUUUCCAGAAGAACCAACGUCAAGUGUUCAGCUGAUUGAGAAAAACAUCGACAUGACUGAAACAGACACGAAAAAUUUUCCAGAUUUUGUCUCUCCAUUUGAAGCAGAACCUGAAAUUUUGUCAGAUGUCAGGUCACCAGUCGAUGAGUUGCCAGUAGAUCGGUCACAUCCGGCAGAACUUCCAUCAUGUCUUUCUGAACCUUCAACAAUACCAGAUAUCGGGACUAGUGAAUCAGAGAAGCCUGAUGAACCGAAAAAUCGAGUUAGUGAAUUACUGGAACCGGUGAUAACAAAAACAGAAAUGCUCGACCAUUCACCAGUUGAAACAGUUGCCGAUCUGAAUGUGGAUCAUUCAGUAGCUGACACUGUGCUCAAAGAAUUGCCAGUGCAAACACCUGAUCAAAUUGUGCAACCUGACGACCAUAAGAACGAUGCAAUCCAAGAAAUCGAUCCACAUUAUGAUGCAAAUGUAGGAGUAACUACUACGGCAGAUUACGCAGCUGGAAAGAUGCCUGAUGAAGCUUCAAAUGCUCACCAUGAGCCAACAACGGAAAAAAUUUCUUCAUCUGAAAGCAAUGGUCAACCCCGAUCAAAAUUACAAAGUAUCGUGAUAAGUUCCAUUGUGCCUCCAGAUCCAGACCAUGUGCAGCAGCAAACAGAGCAGCAGAAACGACGAGAAGAAGCUUGUGGAAAUGGACAAGCCGACGAAUCUCAGAAGCAGUCAUUAUCAGGCACCACAACACCUCAAAAGCCACGACAGCAUGGUCGUGGACAGUUUAGGGGUAUGGUCGUUGACAGCAUGACAUCCGAACAAGACGACUGGUACCAGUCGAGAGGUGGGGAGAGGCAGAAUGGUAACAGCAAGCAAAAACAGUACCAUUCGAACGAGGGCGGGGAUUACAGCAGUCAUGGUGGGACCCAAGGUCAGUCCCAACAGCAGCAACAUCAACGUAAAUCCAAACGAAGAUCUAAAAAAUCUGGCAAAUCUCAUAGAGGUGGAUAUCGGGCUGAGUGA